AUGGCCGACAUCACCGAUCAACACGACCAGACCUCGCCUACCGACCUCGACGAGUCGCAGGUUGGCAACGGCAGCGUCGCCGAGAACAGAGGCGUCAAGCGCCAACGUCCCAGCACCGCCGACGACGACGAUGAUGAUGACGAGAAGGGCGGCCGCGAGCGUCGCAAGAUUGAGAUUAAGUUCAUCAACGACAAGUCUCGUCGUCACAUUACAUUUUCCAAGCGCAAGGCUGGUAUCAUGAAGAAGGCUUAUGAGCUUUCUGUCCUCACUGGCACCCAAGUGCUCCUCCUCGUUGUUUCCGAGACAGGUCUCGUCUACACCUUCACGACACCAAAGUUGCAACCUCUUGUCACUAAGGCUGAGGGCAAGAACUUGAUUCAGGCAUGCCUGAAUGCACCCGAGCCAUCCCAAGGCGGCGAGAACGGCGUCGACGACUCGAACCAGGUUGACUCGCCCGAAGAGCCUCCUCAACAGCACCUGCCCCCUCAGGCUGGACGCCAGGGUAUGCCUCAACCUCACAUGCCUCCUAACUACAUGUCCAACGUCGGCAUGGACCCUUCUCAGGCGCUCGCCUACCAGAGUUACGUCCAGCAACAACAACGGGGUGGUGGCUACGCUAUGCCGCCGCAGUCUGGUCUUCCCCAGCACACGUCGCAUCAACCUCAGUCGCCGGCAUUCGUCAUUUCUUCACCCGGCGAUGAGGCUCUGGUAGUUUGGCGUUACAAUUCGGUGUGA